GAUGGCCACUGGAAUCGUCCGCCAGAUGAUAGCUAUCUGGAUGAUGGGUUGAUCGCUGGAAUCCCUGAUGAGACGGAUCACUGCGUCAGUAAUAACUCACCACUAUCCUUCACAUCCUCACCCAACCGACAGCAAGAAGUCAUCAACAGUAAUCAAUCUGUCGACGUGAACGAAAAUAUCAGUAGUCACGGAUCGAAUGCUGGCAAAAAAACAUCGGAACAUCGAUAUUCUCUAUCACAACCGAUCGAAACAAACGAUAGCGCAGAUGAUAACCGUGAAAAUGACUCAGAUUCGCAACAGUGCGCAUCAACACAGCAAAUCACCGAACCGGAACGUGCCCGCGAUGAUGGCCUUUUGAGGAAACGUCGUGGACGUCGUGCAUUGGCUCCGCCAAAAGUUGCUGAUGAAUUUUUCGGAGUGUAUUGCUUGAUCAGUCGAAGUCCCAAUAAAUAUUUCAAGGUGAAUAUCAGAUGA